AUGGCUGACCAGGUUGCAAACAAUGCCACAGUGGGCGCUGCCGCAGAGCCUCCUCGCAACCUGCACAAAGACCCUGUCACCGGUGAGAUGAUAUCCAAGAACGAGCUCAAGAAACGUCAGAACGCGCGCGCUGCCGCUGAAAAGAAAGCCGCCAAGGCCGCUGCCGCACCCGCUGUAGCUGCUCCGGCCGCUGGCAAGGCGGCUGCCGGUGCCGAAGGCCAGGAGGAGGACGCAGAUGACCUCUCACCCCAGCAGUACUACGAGCGGAGAUGCAAGACUGUCCUCAAGCUGCGCGAAACGCAUCAGCCAGAUCCGUACCCGCACAAGUUCCAUGUCUCCAUCUCACUCUCCGAGUUCAUCGCCAAGUACGACGCAACAACGCAGCCUGGCACCUCUCUCAAGGAUCAAGGAGAGGCGCAUCUCGUCACUGUCGCAGGUAGGAUCCACAAUGUCCGCAGCUCAUCGUCCAAGCUGCGGUUCUACGAUCUGCACGGCGAGGGCGUCAAGAUCCAGAUCAUGGCCUCCGCCGCGGACCACCAAGGUGAAGCAGGUACGCCGGAGGGCUUCAUGGAGCUCCACGACCUGCUGCGUCGAGGUGACAUUGUCGGUGUGCAAGGCUACCCUGGCAAGACCAAGAAGGGAGAGCUGUCGAUCAUGCCUGUCUCACUAAAGCUGCUCGCGCCGAACCUGCACAUGCUGCCGCGCCAAGCGCACACCAUCUCCGUCGGCGAUACGUCCAUCCAAAAGGGCGGCUUCACCAAUCCGGAGCAGCGCUUCCGCAAGCGUUACCUCGACCUGAUUGUCAACAACCACGUGCGCGACAUCUUUGUCAAGCGUGCAAAGAUUAUCAACUACGUCCGCCGCUUCCUCGACAACCUCGGCUUCCUCGAGGUCGAGACGCCGAUGAUGAAUCAGAUUGCCGGCGGUGCUACGGCCAAACCGUUCGUCACGCACCACAACGACCUGAACAUGGAGCUGUUUAUGCGUAUCGCGCCGGAGCUGUACCUCAAGGAACUCGUGGUCGGUGGCCUGGACCGCGUGUACGAAAUUGGGCGUGUCUUCCGUAACGAGUCGAUUGAUCAGACGCACAACCCAGAGUUCACGUCGUGUGAGUUCUACAUGGCGUACGCCGACUUUAACGACCUGCAGACGAUCACCGAGUCGAUGAUCUCGGGGUUGGUCAAACACGUGACUGGCUCGUACAAGGUCGUGUACCACCCGGAGGGCAAGGACAAGCCGGAUGCUAAGGCGUACGAGAUCGACUUUUCGCCGCCCUGGAAGCGCUUCGACAUGAUCGAGACGCUCGAAGCGGCACUUGGCGUGACGUUCCCGCCGGCGGACACGCUGCACACGGACGAGGUGCGCAAGUGGCUCGACGAGCUCUGCAAGAAGCACAAAGUGGACUGCAGUCCACCGCGGACGUCAGCGCGACUGAUCGACAAACUCGUCGGAGAAUUUAUCGAGGAGCAGUGCGUCAACCCGAGUUUCAUCGUUGGCCACCCUCAGGUCAUGUCGCCGCUUGCCAAGUACCACCGCUCGCGUCCAGGUUUGACAGAGCGUUUCGAGGUGUUCGUUGCGAAGAAAGAGAUCGCCAACGCGUACACCGAGUUGAACGAUCCGUUCCAACAACGCAAGAUGUUCGAGGAGCAGGCGAGCCAGGCGGCGCAAGGCGAUGAUGAGGUCGCGCUGAUCGACGCGACGUUCGUCGACGCGCUCGAGCAUGGUCUGCCGCCGACGGCUGGCUGGGGCCUGGGCAUCGACCGGAUGACGAUGUUCCUGACGGACAGCAAUCGGAUCGGCGAGGUGCUGACGUUCCCGAUGCUGCGCCCGGAUGUUGUCAGCAAGCCCGACGCUAGCACGGCGGCCAAGGCAGCGGUCAGCGCUGCGGCUGCGGGCGUCACGGCUGAUCCGAGCGCGUAG